AGAAGGGAAAAAAGCAGACCCCAGCCCCCUCCUCCUCCGGUUACCCCCUCCACUUGCCUCCUCCUCACAGCUCUGUGCGCGAAUGAGAGUCCCUAUCUCCGCGCAAUAACAAACACAGCGCUCCUGCUUUCCCUGCGCCUGGCGUGAAGCACUCGCUCCUGGUCGCACCGUGAACGGCCGCCGCGUAAAAACAGCCACAGCCACCAGCCCCGCGUUCGGCUCGGACAUGAUCCCGGUGAUCCGGAGAUGAGGCUCAGAAAUGGCACCUUCCUAACGGUCUUAUUGUUUGGACUAUGCGGACUUAUAUCGCUGUCCUGGUACACCGCAUUCAGCAAUUCCAAAGGUGAUGUGGUUGACGUGUACCAGCGUGAGUUCCUGGCCCUGAGGGAGCGUCUGCACUCUGCGGAGCAGGAGAACCUGAAGCGCAGCAAGGAGCUGAACCUGGUGCUGGACGAGAUCAAGAGGGCCAUCGCAGAGAAGCAGGCGCUCCGCGACAUCAACCGCACCUGGAGCAGCCUCUCAGAUGAGACGAAGCUGAAGCUGUGGAACGUGAGCAGCAGUAAGAAUGUCCUGCAGCUGCCCAGCAUCUUCCACCACCUGCCACACCUGCUGGCCAAGGAGAGCAGCCUGCAGCCCGCCGUGCACGUCGGACAGGGCCGCACCGGAGUGUCGAUUGUGAUGGGCGUGCCCAGCGUGAAGAGGGAGGUGCACUCGUACCUGACGGACACGCUCAGUUCCCUCAUGACGGAGCUGAGCCCCGCCGAGAAGGAGGAUUGCGUCAUCGUGGUCUUCAUUGCAGAGACGGACCAGCAAUACGCCAACAGCGUGGCUGACAACUUGAAGCGCCUGUUUCCGGUAGAGAUCCAGUCUGGUCUCCUGGAGAUCAUCUCUCCGUCUGUCCACUUCUACCCCGACUUCUCCAACCUCAAAGAGUCUUUCGGGGACCCCAAAGAGAGGGUCAGGUGGCGGACGAAACAGAACCUGGACUACUGUUUUCUGAUGAUGUAUGCCCAGUCCAAAGGAACAUACUAUGUACAGCUGGAGGAUGACAUUGUGGCGCGUCCAAACUACUUCACCACCAUGAAGAACUUUGCCCUGCAGCAGCCGUCGGAGGAGUGGAUGAUCCUGGAGUUCUCACAGCUGGGCUUCAUCGGUAAGAUGUUCAAGUCCAUCGACCUAUCCCUCAUCGUGGAGUUCAUGCUGAUGUUCUACAAAGAUAAGCCCAUUGAUUGGCUGCUGGACCACAUCAUGUGGGUGAAGGUCUGCAACCCGGAGAAGGAUGCGAAACACUGUGACCGGCAGAAGGCUAACUUGAGGAUCCGCUUCAAGCCCUCCCUCUUCCAGCACGUGGGCACCCACUCCUCUCUGGCUGGGAAGAUCCAGAAACUGAAGGACAAAGACUUUGGGAAACAGACGCUGCACAAGGGUCAUGCCAACCCGCUGGCAGAGGUCACGACCAGCCUGAAGACCUAUCAGCACUUCACCCUGGAGAAGGCCUACCUGGGGGAGGACUUCUUCUGGGCCUUCACCCCAGUGGCCGGAGACUUCAUACGGAUACGCUUCUUCACACCCGUCCGCAUCGAGAGAUAUUUCUUCCGCAGCGGGAACAUCGAGCACCCGGGAGACAAGCUCUUUAACACCACCGUGGAGGUGCAGCCUUUUGACAAUAUUCAGUCAGAGAAGGAGGCCUUGAAGGAAGGCAGGGAAAAGACACCCAAGUACCACCGCACAGAGGAUGGCUUUAUCCGGAUAGGAAAGUUCCAGAAUGGGAUUGCGGAGGGGGAGGUGGAUCCCUCGUUCGGCCCUCUGGAGGCCCUAAGGCUCUCCAUACUCACAGACUCCCCAGUCUGGGUCAUCCUCAGUGAGAUUUUCAUAAAGAAAGCGGAAUGAGCGGAACUCUCACAGCAAUACCUCACAGAUCCAUUCAGCCUUUUCGGCAAUGGGAGGAGUAGCCCGGUGAUCAUCCAGCUCCUCUUCCCAGGCUCUGGCGCUGUGGUGAUUUCAACAUGGUUCAAUGCCUCCACCUGGUGGCGACAAGGUGGUACAGCAGGUUCAAGAGUCAGAGACACCACAGUCAGCCGCCAUCCAUCCCCCUGAGAAAGCAAGGGAGACUUAUUUGCCUGGACAAAUGACAGCAGCUGUGGCCACAGGAAGGACAGUUGAUGCUGUAUUUGAUUAAAAACAAAUGUAUUUAUGUGUAUAUAUACGCUCAUGUUUCAGUAAUUGUAAUUACACUGGUUAUUGUCAAUGGGGCUUGCUGGAUUGUCUUGCUCCCUUUGACAAGGAUUACGACAUUUAAAAAAAGUGCUGCUUUCGGAAUGGAAGACUUUGCUCUUUGAUUUUUGUUUUCUUUCGUACCUAAGUAAUCUUUCAUUUGCUAAAUUAAAACAAAAAUGCCUUCUUCUAGAUCAUUUUUCUUAUUAGUUUCCUUUUCCUCAAAUUGUUUAAAAAAUCUAUCUUGCCGAUCAUCUGAUAUGUAUUAGUUAUAAUACAUUUCCAAGACUAUACAUAUUUGAGAAGUACACACAUGCAUUUUAUCUUUGUAAAUGUAUGUAUGUAGGCUAUGUAUGUACAGAGAUCUAGUGAGUGUCCCAAAGUAAAAAAAAUCUGAGCGCAGUUGAUGAGUGUGAUGCAGAACAAAAAAUGUCUUCAGCAAAUCUACCGGUAGUUGCUAUGUAAUUCUUUCAAAAACAGAAGCUUCUCCCCUCUUGGCCCUAUGCCCUUUUGUAAACCAACAAAAAAAGAAACUAGAUCCUUUGAGAAAUAGAUCAUGGAUAGAAGAUUACAUUACCUUACAUUUUACAAGGCCAUCUGUGCAAUCAUGUUUUUUUCUUUCAACUUUACUUUCUUUCUUUCUCUUUCUUUCUCUCUCUCUCUCUCUCUCUCUCUCUCUCUCUCUCUCUCUCUCUCUCUCUCUCUCUGCUUGCAAAUUGCCUUAAUAUGACUUGAAGCGAAGUGCAGUCUAAGGGUCGGCUGGCGUCGAGAUGAAGUUACGGGCCAGCAGGAGCGAGGGAAUGGAAUUAGGAAGUGGGAUGCUGGAGUGGAUGGAUGCAGUAGGCUAUGAAAUGGAAAAAAGGAGGAAAAAAACAGACAAGCUGGGUGGUUUUGCAUAAAAAUGAACAAAUAAUGAAAUUGAAAAUGUUGAUGCAGCCCGUCUGUGUCUGAGUGUCUCCACUGAGACAAUCAGAGUAGAGGGUCGAGGAUGGAUGGACAUAUCAGUGGGCAAGUAUAGGUGCAAUGUCCACAUGUUAGUAUUAUACUAUGACACAGUCAGUCAUCAAUCCCAGUCACCUCACUCAUUUUUAUGAUGUAGUGUGAAUAGUCUUUCAGAUGCAUAGGAACUGCAGUGUACAAUUUAGGAGUCAUCUGAUUUUUUUAACAAGCAUCAACUGCCCUUUUUCUCAUGACUCUUUAUUUUAAACUAUCAAGACCCAGGGCCACUGAAAGGUUUUGCCGGGCCCGGGACAAAGUAAUCUGAAAGGCCCCCCACUCAAUAAUUAUAAUGUAGUGGGGAUCCAAUUCUGCGGCCCCUUGCCCCUGCAGCCCGGGACAACUGACCCCUUUGUUGUUGUCGGUUUCCCUGUCCAAAAAACAAACAACCAUUACACAUAACACAGAGGUAAAGCCUGUGUCUCAAUCUAAAUGAGCCUAAUGAGGCUAGUUCAAUCUAAAUGAGCCUAAUGAGGCUAGUUUGGAUGAGAUCUGGUUUCAGCUGGUAAACCUGCCUUUCCUGCGUUACAAUUCCUUCAAACAAGCUACACGACUGCCGAGGUGCUGAGGCGGUAUAUAGGGACUGGGCUAUCCACGAGGUACAGGUUCAAAUGAAGGAGCUAACACCUCAAUGACUGCUGAUGUAUUUGUUACUUCAUUUAGCCAUUUCCCUCUAGCACACUGAACAUUUCAUGGAGAAUUUGGAUAACACGAUCAUGUAGCAUUGUAAAUCCAAUAACUAUAGGUCCUGCCUUUUUCUUUCUUUCUUCUCUCUGUACAUGCCACGAGACAUUGACAAGUUGGUGUACUUUGCAUAUAAAAUGAGUCAUGAAUGGUUAACUGGUUGUCCCCACCUGCACAACAUUGGGCUGGAGUGGAGAGCACACCCACAGAACAGAUGUACUAAAGCAGGCCUUCUUUUUUUCAAUACAGCAUUUCCAUUGUCAUGUUUGGUUCAUCUGCAGAGCACAGAGAGAAAAUGGUAUGAAUGGUGGUUUAGGAAUGCGUCUGGAUUAUGUCAGUUGUAGCAUAUGCCUGUACGCCGGUGAAGCCAAAAGAGAUCUUGUGUUGUUUGUCUGAUGGACCAACUACAUAGAUCAUAAAUGUUGCAGUUUGCAUACAGAGGCCUAAUGCCAAACUGUCCCAAUGUAGCCUAGGCUGUUCUGUAGGCCUACUGUACUGUGUGGUAUAGAAGGUCCCUCACUGCAAAGAAAAAAAGGAUGUUGAGGCUGGCCAAUUAAUGUACUCUUAACAUCUCUUUCCCUUCCUGGCAGAGACUCUUCUCUUCUCUUUUCUUUUCUUUUUCUUUUUUCCCCCUCCUUGUAAGAUUGUAAAAUGCACUGGAAUGCAUUGUGUUGUAUUUUGUAACAUUUAGAUAAACUAUAUUUAAUGAUGUUAUCUUCUAUCCAAUCUGUGAAUUGUAAUAAAGCCAAAUUUAAUCAUUUGACAUAUAAA